GGCAGCGGAAGCGGCGGAGGUGGCGGCAGCGGCGGCGGCGGGGCCGGCGGCGGCGGCGUCAGCAGGGCCGCUAGCGGAGGAGAUGGCAGCACAGUUAGCAGAGGAGGCGGCGGCAGGAGUGGAGGAGGCGGCGAAGGAGGCAGCGGAGGAGGCGGCGGAGGCGGCAGCAGAGGAGGCGGAGGAGGUGGCGGUGGCGGCGGCGGAGGUGGCGACGGGGGUGUCAGCAGCACCAUUAGCGGCGGCAGUAAAAGCGGCGACGGAGGACGGCAUUGACAUCCUAUCUUCGAUCUUUGACCCCGCUGGGUUUGGGUGCGGAGAGGAGGGCUGCGAGACGGAGACGGAGACGAAG